AGAAGACGUAAUGAAGUGCUCCUGAGCGUCCUUGCCAUGAAAAUCACUUUAAUAUUCGACAGUUUUCACAGACGGGAGUUGCAAUGAAGGCGGGGGCCUCCUCCAUGUGGGCGUCAUGUUGCGGGCUGCUGAACGAGGUGAUGGGCACCGGGGCCGUCCGCACCCAGCAGCCGGGCUUCGGAGCCGGAGCAGGACCUUUCCGAUUCGCCCCCAGCGCUGGAUACUCCACAUACCCGCCCAGCAGCACCACCUCAGGAAGCGCAGGCCUGGCGUGCAAAGCCUGCGGACUGGCCUUUUCUGUGUUCAGACGGAAGCAUGUUUGCUCCGACUGCAAGAAGAGCUUCUGCUCGCUGUGUUCGGUGCUGCAGGAGAAUCUGCGGCGCUGCUCCACCUGCCACCUGCUGUGGGGAACGGCCUUCCAGCGGCCGCGGCUCAUGCGGCUGCGCGUCAGAGACCUGCGGCAGUACCUGACGCUGCGCAACAUCAACACCGACACCUGCAGGGAGAAGGAGGACCUGGUAGACCUUGUGCUCUGCCAUCUGGGUGCUGAGCUGGAGCUGGGGGAGGACGAGGAAGAGGAGGAGGAGGAAGAGGAAGCGGAUACGGACAGUCUGCCCUCACUCCCGCGAUCACUCUCCACGCCGCCGGCCUCUGCAGCGCGCUCGUCCUCCCAGCAGUCGGCGCUGUCUGCGGCCGCGUCUCAGGGAGAAGCUCUCAGCCGCAGCGAUAGCUCAGGGACAAACAAUCAGGAUCAUGGAGAUGCUGCGUCAGUUUCCCUCCUCAACCUGGAGUCUCAUGAUGACAUGCUGGAGGCGAGUCCAGCGACACAGCGGCGCGCUCGAGCCUCGCUCUCGGAUCUGGCCCACGAGGACGACAUCGAGAGCCUGACGGUGCGGCAGCUCAAGGAGAUUCUCGCACGAAACUUCGUCAACUUUUCCGGCUGCUGUGAGAAGUGGGAACUGGUGGAGCGAGUGCAUCGCCUGUACAGAGAGAACCAGCUCAACAGAAGAUCCAUGGAAAAUGUAAGCAACAGUCUUGCAGCAGUCAUAGCUUACCCUCCUCCUAUAUGCAAUGGAGGUAUCGGAGAUGGUGUGCAAGUGGCUCAGCUGGGCGGCGCUGAUGAGAACCUGUGCCGGAUCUGCAUGGACGCCGUGAUCGACUGCGUUCUACUGGAGUGCGGACACAUGGUGACCUGCACCAAAUGCGGAAAGAGGAUGAGCGAGUGCCCCAUCUGCAGACAGUACGUGGUGCGCGCCGUGCACGUCUUCAAGUCUUAACGCCAGCUUUACUUCCCACUGGAAAAAAAAACAACACACCUAGAGACCGUCAAUGGACUGAGAGUCUGUCCAUUUCAUUUCACACGUGUGGAAACCGGCACACUUACUGUACUUUCCAGAGCGAGCGUCACCUGCUGCCCGAUUUCAUGUGGUCACACUUUACUGAGUUACUAACCCAGGGAGGAUGGAUCUUAGAGGAACAAAGGUACAGUCCAAGACAAUGUUAUCAGCCCUCUUGUGAAUUUUUUUUUGAUUAUUCUUCAAAUAUUUUCCAAGUGAUGUUUAACUGAGGAAAUUUAGGCCCAAUCCCAAUUCUUCCGCUUAGCCCUUUCCCUUAUCCUCAUUUUGCACGUUCACGUGAAAGGGUAGGGGUGUCCCAAUUCUCUUUAGCUCGAAGGCAUAGGGUUAAGGGGAAACUUUAGAUACCCCUUCGAACAGAGAUUUUUCAAGACCACGGAGAGCACCAAGACCAUUUUUCGAAACCAAGAGCUAAGAAAAUUUCCCAGAAUACACCAGCCACAACGGCAGGAUAGCUGCACUCGGAAGUAAUUAGUAUUUUUUUUCGCCAUCAUUACGAAUUUUUACAAAAAACAAGCACAUGUUUUAAUACAUU